AUGGGCUCGCCUGAUGGUUAUGGUCGUCAACUCAAUGGGAUGGGCUCUGGGAUCUCCUCUACAUCCAAGAUUUGCGUGCUAUCACCCACCGACCGGGAGGAUGCAGACGUCGAAUUCACGUUCGUUCAGGUCGGCAUCAAGGACGGCACACUUGACAUGGCUGGCAAUUGCGGGAAUAUGAGCUCAAUAGUUGGACCUGUAGCCUUUGACGAAGGCUACAUAGGCAAGACUGUUAAGAACGUCACGGCAGAUGAGAAUGGACAGAUGACUGCUAUGGUCAAAAUAUACAACACUAAUACCUCUAAGGUUAUCCACUCGCGCUUCAGGGUCGUAGGAGAUCCGCUAAGGUACUGCCCUGAUGGCGAUUACGAGAUGGAUGGGGUCCCUGGGACGAACUCGCGAAUCACGCUGAGCUUCCUCAGCCCAGCAGGUGCGAAGACAGGAAAGGCGUUACCAACUGGUAACCCUGUGGACAUUCUCGAACUCCCCGACGGAAACACUAUCGAGGCCUCGUUAGUGGAUGUUUCCAACCCUGGAGUCUUCGUGCGUGUGUCUGACCUCCCAGUCCAAAACAUCUCAUCCCUUAAUCCAGCAUCUAUCGAGGCAGAUCCUGAGCUAAAGCUCAGGCUCGAGCAAAUCAGACAAGCAGGGACCAGCAAGAUGGGUCUCGACCCUCAAAUUCAGAGCGUGCCGAAAAUAGUUAUGAUAUUCCCUCAGUCAGAGAUCAGCUCUGACAGCGCAGACAUUGACAUUAAGGUCCAGGCCAUGUCCAUGGGUCAGGCUCACAAGGCUGUCCCUCUGACACUUGCGCUAUGCUUAGGUGCCGCAACUAAUAUUCCUGGGACCAUUCCGGCACAGAUUGCUCGCUCCAUGAAUCAGAGGGGCUCAACAGUGAUUGGGCAUCCCAGUGGCAACGUGGAGAUAGGAGCCACUAUGGCCGGUGAUGAGAUUGCCUCUGCCGAGCUCCUCCGGACGGCGCGAGUUCUUAUGAAGGGAGAUGUUUACUUCUGA